AUGGCGGCGUCACUUCUCUCCGAGACCGACAUCAGGCACCGGUCUAUGGCGGAGGAGGAUCCGAAUGGGAACGAGCACGGAGCGGCUGCGCGCAGCUGCGCUCCCCGCUGGGGUCCUCAACACGCUGGGGCCCGUCAGCUAGCGAGGCUCUAUUCACCCGGUAAGCGGCUCCAGGAGUGGAUAUGUGUAGUUUUGUGCCUCUUUCUUUUCAUAAUCAACUUUUCCUUCCUCGUACUCCAUUUCUCCACUGUUCAUAUCUACAAGAUCAUUCUGGGCAUUGUCCUUGGAAUAGUGACUGCAGAUUUUGCAUCAGGUAUUGUGCAUUGGGGAGCUGACACUUGGGGAUCGGUGGAUAUCCCUAUUAUCGGCAAGGCUUUCAUCCGUCCAUUCAGGGAGCACCACAUCGACCCAACUGCCAUCACUCGCCAUGACUUUAUUGAAAUAAAUGGUGACAACUGUAUGAUCCCAAUCCUCCCGCUGGCUCACAUGGCCUACAAGUUCCUCACUUACUCACCAGAGGCCUUGGCGACAGCUUAUCCAUGGGACUGCUACAUCUUUGCUCUGGCAGUCUUUGUAACACUGACAAACCAGAUCCACAAAUGGAGCCACUCGUACUUCGGCCUCCCGCGGUGGGUCCGGCUGCUCCAGGACUGUCACCUGGUCCUGCCACGGAAGCACCACCGCAUCCACCAUGUCUCUCCACACGAGACAUACUACUGCAUAACUACAGGCUGGUGUAACUACCCGCUGGACCAGCUGGGCUUCUGGAGGUGGAUGGAGCGCACCAUCCAGCAGUUGACGGGACAGAAGCCUCGAUCAGACGACAUGGCCUGGGCAAAGAAAACCCACUGA